UUCGCGCUGCGCCAGCGGCGACUGGCCGUCAUCCAUGGCCCGCCCGGGACCGGCAAAACUACCGCCGUGGUCGAGGCCAUCCUGCAGCAUGUGCGGCUGGGUCAGCGCGUGCUGGCCUGCGCGCCGUCCAACACCGCCGUCGACAACCUGCUGGAGCGGCUGUGGGCGGCCGGCGCCACGCGUCUGGUGCGCCUCGGCCACCCGGCACGCAUCCAGGACUCAUUGCAGGGCUUCUCGCUGGACGCCCGCGUCACGGGCAGUGAGGACGCGGCCGUGGUGCGUGACGUGCGCCGAGAGGUGGAGGAGACGCAGCGGCUGCUGCGCGCCCUGGCCGGCGACCACUGUCAGCUGCCGCCGACCAUCCUCAGCGAGGAGGCCGCCCGCCGCGGCCUGGCCGUGUCACUGAUGGAGCGCCAGGUGGCUCUGCACGGCGACGCGGCCGUGCGCAUGCUGUGCACCCAGUACCGCAUGCACGAGCUGAUCCAGCGCUGGCCCUCGGAGCAGCUAUACGACGGCCGAUUGGAGGCGGCGCCGGCCGUGCGCGACCACCGCCUGCCCCAGCUACCGGGCGUGGAGGACACGGAGGAGACGGCUCCGGCCCUGCUGCUGGUGGACACGGCCGGCUGCCGGCUGGAGGAGGUGCAGGCAGACGAGGCGGGCUCGCGUGGCAACGAGGGGGAGGCCGACAUCGUAACGGCGCACGCGCGCCGCCUGGUGGCGGCCGGCGUUGCGGCCGACCAGCUGGGCGUCAUCACGCCCUACAACCUGCAGGUGGGCCUUAUCCGCGACCGGCUGCGCGCGCUCGGGCUUGACGUCGAAGUCAACUCGGUGGACGGCUUCCAGGGCCGCGAAAAGGAGGCCGUGCUGCUGUCGCUGGUGCGCUCCAACCGACGCGGCGAGGUCGGCUUCCUGGCCGAGCGGCGCCGCAUCAACGUGGCGGUGACGCGCGCCCGUCGCCAGCUGUUCGUCGUCUGCGACACGGCGACGGUGCGCGCCGACGCCUUCCUCGCCUCGCUGGUGGAUCACCUGUCGGAGCACGGCGAGGUUCGCUCGGCGCACAGCUACGAGCGCGAGCUGGGCCCGGCCACGGUCACGCCGGUCGCGCCGCGCCGCGAGGCGGCGGCGCGGCCGCGCGAAGCGACCCGACCGGCCAAAGCCAAGCCGGCCAGCCAGCGGCGGCCGCGGCCGGAGCCAGCGCUACCGCGCGCCGGCGCCGGAGCGACGCACCAGGCGACUCCCGACUCUGCGGCGCAGGCGGAGGCGCCGGCCGAGGAGGAUACCUUCGCCGAACAGGUACGGGAGCAGCUGCAGGAGUUCACGGCGACGGGCGAUGAUCGGCUGGAGUUCCCCGCGACGCUGAACUCGUUCCAGCGCAUGCAAGUGCACGAGGUGGCUGAGGAGCUGGGUCUGGCGCACGCCAGCUGCGGGGAGGGACGCGCUCGCUGUGUUGUCGUGCAGAAGAGUGGUCUGUCUGCCGACUCGCCGUCAGUCGAUGCCGCGAGGCUGAGCGACUCGGCGGAGGAUGCAUCCGUUCCCGGCGGAUCUGGCUCGUCUGGGGAAGCAGCUAUUACAGCUUCGUCGUCCACCAUCGCGGAAAACAAGAAAUCCGUCGAUGCCAAGUCCACUCGUAGUAAACCUGCUGGAAAGGACACCGACAGCCAACAGUCGGGCAGGAAACCUGCCAACGGCAAACUCACCGCCGCGGGCAAGGGCAAGAAGAGCAAACCGCGCCCGACGGCGGCGGCAGCAGCGGCUGCUGCAGACGAGGACUUCGACAGCCUCGUCUCGUCUUUCGCCGAUAUGAACAAGCGCUGCAACGCCGAGCCCAGGUGCUCGUCGGGUAUCUUCAUGCGGCAGACGUGCGAGUUCUGCGCGAGCGUCUUCUGUCUCACGCACUGGAUGGCUGAGGCGCACGGUUGUGGCGCGGCAGCGCGCCGCGAUGCGCGCGCCAAGUUCGUCAGCGGCGCGUACAGCCGCGCGGCGAACCCGGCGGCCGAGGAGCGGCGCAAGGCGCUGCUCCACCUGAAGCUGGACCGAACGCUGGGCAAGAUGGAGUCGAGUAGGAAGGCCAAGCCGCCCAAGAAGAAGUGA